GGCAGAUGACCAAAAAUUUAGAACAUUAGUUUCCGAAUCCAUGGUUUCUUUUUUUGCAUUAGUUCGAUUAUGAUUGGAGGAUCAUAAUGAUGAAUUCAGUUUUCUUGUUGCCUAGUAAACAGAAAAUUUGAAUCUUGCUAUAUAUAUGUGUGUAAGGCGUGUAAGGAUUCUUCGAUUAUUAGUGCAUACCCGUUAAUUCACUAAGCCUAUCGAAUUUUCAUACAUAUAAGAACAUUGAGCAGUUUUUUUGAAAAUUUAUAAACACAACAGUCCAACUUAAAAUAAGUCAUUACUGUUAUUCGAAACUAUAAGUGGAUAUUCUGUACCUGUCUCAAAUAUCUUCAGCUACCCAUCUGAAAUUCAUUUUCUGUAUCUAUAUACAAUAAAUAUGGGCAACUCAAUGGGUAGUUGAAAUGAUCUUUAUUACUGAGAUUCUGGAACUCUUGUCUCCUCAGUCUAAUGAACAGUUUCAUUACAGCUAAUCUAAUACAUGUACGAUUGAAUUGAGAGCGGUAUUUAACUAAUAUUUCUGCACUUUUGAUGACCUUGACAAAAAGUAAAUCUGAAAGCCACUAAAAAGAUAACCACUGGUUUUCAAAUUUGUCGUUUUAAGGGUGUUAGGCAUAAAACCAUUUGAAAAUGUUCAUAUUACAUUUUUCAACAAUAUCAUAGUGAAGAACUAUGUCACAUGGUAAAGUAUAUUAUAAUUAAAGACUAUAGACAGUUAGUUGGAUUCUGGAUGAUACUUAUAUAUGGCAAUCAUGAAUCCCCUUCUCAUUUCAGCUAUGAAAACUAUAUUAUUCAGAGUGAAAGUGUAAGAGGAACAUGAUAUGGUUUUACCAAACGUGAUUAAGGUAAAAACAGGUAAGCUUCAUCCAAAAAGUUUUGGAAGACAAAUGAGGAAUAUGUUACCUACCACGAUAUAUGUAUGCAGUUUAUAUGACUAGUUGAACAUUGGUGAGUUUCAAUUGAGUUUACUGAUGCAAGGUCAAGAUUCAGGCAUCUACGGUUGUACGAAUGCAUCAUAGAGCUAAGUUUAUAAAAGCCUCUGUGAAUCCCGGACGACCAGUGAUGUAAACGAGACAGUUAAUCAUGAUCCGCCCAGUUGUCCAGAAAUGUCAAAUUCCGAAACAUUCCCUGUCGUGGGUUCAAAUCCCACUGUUCCUGAAACGUGUACAGACAGUGAUGUACCCAGCUCACAGGAAGAUCUCUCAUUAAAUGCUCAUAAAUUAAUUGCAGUACCCGCCCACAACGGAACAGGGAACAAAUCGUGCAGUACACUGAAUCCAGCUGUUUCAAAUGGUCCUCAUUAUUCAACAACAGGAGAUUCGGACGAAUCUUAUUAUCUAGAUCCUCUUGUACCAGAAAAUGUGUUAGAUGCAUCAAAUGAUGAUCAGAAAUCUAAUACAAUUUUGAUAGAUGUUGAUUAUCUCAGUGAUCAACUGUUUACAAAUGAGAUUUUCAACAAAUCCCAUGAUAAUGUUCCAGAAGAAUCAAACGUUGAUGACCUCAUAUCAAGCGACAUUGUUCCCCACUAUUUAAUCAUUUUCAGUGACUUCUCUGUUCAAUCUGACAAUUAUGUGUUAAAUAAAUUCAAAUUAAUUUUGACUUGGGGGUAUGAGGACCCAACAUUAUUUCGUGGGGGAGGAUGAACCCAGAAAAUUUCAAAAUCCGGAUAUCAACUCCGGAUCUUCAAAAAAAAGGGGAGGUGUUGUGGAUGCGGAGGAAUAGACCAAUAAUUAUCAUGUUAAGUCCAAUGGUGUCCUUGGACUUUAAAUGGACAUUUCCUAUUGGUCGAUAUCUGUUCACUUGUUGAAUAUUGUACAAAAUGUUGUUUUCUAUUUUAUGGUACGAUGUGUUAUGCUUGAUUGGUAUAUAAACAAAGUAUGUUUGAAAUAUAAUGAUUCAUAUCUCCGAGGUUGUGACUUGUGUUCUGGACUCAACUAACUGGGCUAGACAGGGAAGCGAGACCAAUCGAGACUCUAGGCCGUCCGUUCGUGUUUACGUGUCACUGUAAUCGAUCGAUAAGUACGCUGCUCUCUAAUUUUCCAGUCAAGGAAACAACAAUUAGCACAGGGUAAAAAUCGACCGCAACUUAAAGCCAUAACAGUUCUUGAAGGAUUUUAGAAACUUUUGAAAAGAAAUAACCAUUUGAAAUUUUUUUUAUAAUGGAUU